AUCAUUACAAGUAUUGAGAGAGUGAAUUAAUGGACUAAGUAAUUACUGUCUGGUCGGAUUAAUUAGAAAGUAAAUAAAUUUCAAAUGGAUUUUUGAAAAAAUAAAUAAAUUUAUGUAACAGUAAACUGAAAUAUCGAUGCAUGUUGAAGAUUAUUGCAAUGAAGGACACAUUCCUAACGCCUAUAAAACUGACCUCCCCUCCAUCAACUCAUCAGUUCAAUUCCUCUCUCUGAGCUGUUAAGAUCACAGAUUAAACAUGAGGCUGGGUGCAAUCAUUCCAAACUUCAAAGCCAACACAACUCAUGGAGAAAUAGAUUUCCAUGAGUGGAUUGGAGAUUCUUGGUGCAUGCUCUUCUCUCACCCUGCUGAUUUCACACCUGUCUGCACAACAGAAUUGGGAAGAAUUGCUGUCCACAAAAAUGAAUUUUGUAAAAGGAACGUUAAGAUUUGUGCGUUGUCUUGUGACAAACUUCAAGCUCACACCGAUUGGGUCAAUGACAUAAAAUCAUACUGCCGAGACAUUCCCGGUGACUUUCCAUACCCCAUUAUCUCCGAUGAUACUCGAGAGAUUGCCGUCAAGCUGGAUAUGCUAGACGAGAGAGAUCGUGAUAAUGAAGACACAGCCAUGACUGUAAGGGCCCUCUACAUUAUUGACCCAGAGAAGAGAUUAAGACUUUCUAUGGUGUACCCAACUUCUACAGGCAGAAAUGUCGAUGAGAUCUUAAGAGUAAUUGAUUCCCUUCAACUCACUGAUAGAUUGAAGGUUGUUGCGACACCAGCAAACUGGGUGCCUGGCGAUAAGAUCAUGAUCCUUCCUUCUGUGAAAGAUGAAGACUUGCCGAAAUUAUUUCCCAAGGGUGUUGAUAAGGUUUCCAUGCCAUCAGGAAUAAACUACGUCAGAACCACCACUGAUUAUUAAAAUAAAUGCUACUUU